AUGGCAGACACCUCGAAAAAGAAAGAAUUAUCACUUAUUUCCGUCGCAGAAUCUGCAAAAUUCUACACAUCUUUGUGUCUUGGGACGACCGCUAUAUUGUCUGUAUUCGCUUUUCUUUUCCUAAUACCAUUCGUAGUGGACCCGUCGAUUUCAAGUUUAAUGGCUGACUAUGACCCGCAGCCAGUGACUUGUGUGGUCACUCAGCACGUCUACGCUGAAGGACUGAGGAACUGUUCCUGGUCAUCCUGUAGGGAAGGAUGUACGAAGGAGGCAACUCGCUGCCAUCAGAUCCACGUGAAUUAUUCGAAAAUACCGUUUAGGGAUUGGAACUAUUCCAAUCAUAGUGUCGAAUGGGACAUUGUUAACACGAAAAUGUUCAUCAACGCAGAAGGAUGCGGGUAUCCCCCUUCUGUGAACUGCACAGAAUUCGCAAAGCAAUAUGGACACCACACUAGAGGGAUACCUUUUCCUUGUUAUUAUAGUAAGGUCUACCCAGAAAUGGUUGUUGUAAGAUAUUCCUGGGAUGAUACUCUGAGACAACUAAUUUUGUCAUUGGCUAUACCCAAUUUACUUUUUGCUGCUUCCAUUGGGGUACUGAGCUAUUGGUAUUGCCCUGGCUGUGGCAGAUCCUGUCACAAAUACAUGCAUCGUUUUCCUGCAGAGGACGAAGAACAUUUCAACGACACCUACUGAUUUGGAGACACGAUUCACACGUUCUAUCUACAUUUCAUCACGCUGGUCACAAUUUGCAAACGUUUAAAUGAAUGAUAAUAAUCGAUUAAUUAUUAUUGACUCGAAUAACUGAACAAUCUGUAUUGUUCGUGUACGGAACAAAUUGUUUAGGUAACUAUUUCUACAGAACAUUCUCCCGAAUAUCUUGUAAAUAAUUCUCAAAUAAAAUCUUAAUUGAU